CUCGCGAAGCGUACAGACUCGAGGAGCUCACGACGUGGUGGUGUGAUACUGUACGUGAUUGGCGGGCGGGUGGGUUUGGUUUGUGUGUCUGGGAACCUGCUACUGGUCUCCCAUCCAUACACACUCACACACAGAGAGAAAGAGAGAGCCACGGUCAGACAGACUGGCUCUCCAAAACCGACAGCAGGGGGAAAAAAAACUCCUCUCGCGGCUCAGAAACCAGCAACUAUCGCAGAAGUGAAGUCGACGCGAUGUUAACCUCGAAAUGCUCUCUUUUAUUUUGAGAGGAAGGCUAACAAUAGGGAAGAAGCUGUUUAAAAGUAGGUGAAGUGUGACAGCUGGAGACAUUUAACCCAAGGAUUUGUUGACUGCACGUGGAAACUGCUCGCUCAGACGCAUCGUGAAGCCUGGAUUGCUCCACUUUAACUGGUGACCAGCUGUUUACGUCUGCCUAAAUCAGAGAUGAGUGCCAAAUCUGUAAUCAACAAGGAGGUGUUCAUACCUCACGAUGAGAAGAUGCUUGCUGCUGUACAGGUGAAGCGGAGGACAAAGAAAAAGAUCCCCUUCCUGGCCACCGGUGGUCAAGGAGAUUACAUGACAUUCAUCUGCGUCUCAGUGACGAACAAGAAACCAUCCCAUGUUUCAAUCACAAAGGUGAAGCAGUUCCAAGGAUCAUCUGCCUUUGUAAAAAGGUCACAGUGGACAAUUGACCAGCUACGGCAGGUCAACGGCAUUGACCCCAACAAAUUUCACUCCUUUUUUGUUGUUGUUGCAUUUGCUUGUCUUUUUCCUCCCUUGCCUACGUCUUGGCUUGCUUCUUCUCUCCUACCCUUAUCUGCAGGUAACAGUAUACUACACUCAGCUGCAGACAGUGUGACGAGUGCUGUACAGAAGGCCAGCCAGGCUCUGAACGAGCGUGGUGAGCGAUUAGGCCGGGCUGAGGAGAGGACUGCAGACAUGAUGAACAGUGCUGAACAGUUUGCUGUCACUGCACACAAGCUUGCCAUGAAGCACAAGUGUUAGACCACUGCCAAAACCAACUGGGCUAAGGGAGGGUCAGCAAUCGCCAGUUGCUGUACAGGAGAAGGAUUCCAGAUUUAAUUCUUUGUAAAAGUUUUAAUAUGAUUAAAAUUUGUUAACAAUGUUAACAUUUUAAUGUUUUGGGUUACUGUACUCCGGUGCUUCUCGUUCCUAAAGACGGAUCGUGCAGGGGACCGAAGAGAGGUAAACAAAACUGCUUGACGCUGUCAACUGAAUGUUUCAUGCUUCUGUUUGCCAAAAAAAAGUUACAAGCCACAGCUAUGACUCUACUUGAUAAUGACAGUCACUCAAGACACUUCCUCUUUUCGUUCGCUCACACACAAAUGAGAGCGUACACGUGUUGCCAAAUCAUCAUCGGCAAUUACUCCCUCCCAAGGAACAGCUUGGCUCCCAUUUAUACUGGUUAUUUAUGAGAGCUGCGGUAAUUAUGAAGUCUUAAUUUAUGAGUGAGGGCGCCCUCUGAUUGCUCGACUUUGGAUUGGCUGCCAGUAUAUAACAUAUAAAUAAGACACAUAUGUAAAAAUAGCCUAGAUUUGAUGCCUACGUUGUAUUUUAAUAGAUAUUUGUGGGAGUGGGAAGUCGAAUGAAAGGGAUGAUCACAUUUCUGUUUGACAUUUAAUGUUUCCUUUUCUGCUCUGAUUUCUGGACAUUAAACUCGGACCAUAAUUUCAAAAUCUAUCAAAACAGUAUUAGUUAAAAAAAAGUUUAAGAUAUGAUUUCAUAAACUGCUGAUGAGACUGAGUGAUGAGUGGUUUGGGUGACAAGAUAUAAAAAUGUUGAAAUAUUUUUCCCUCUUGUUAUGUGUCUGUCAUUGAAAAACAACCUAAACUACAUGGUAUAGAUUUUGGGAAGUGUACUUGAAGAUUUCAUUUAAAGAAUAAGCUUUUAAAGUAUAUGAAUUACUCUGUCUAAUACUUUAUGUUAACAGGGGUAAUUCAGUAAGCCAGCUUCUGCACUGUAAAAAGCAACAUGUAAUUCUUCUUCUACUAUUAUCUCGGUGUCUGUAGAGCUAAUUUGUCCCUGAACAUGGGGAUGCUUUGAAACUGAUCCCGGCUGUAUUUCAAAUCUAAACUCUUCAGUAGUCAUACCUUGUGCUUAUUGUGUAACUUGGGUUGGUCAUUAUAAUAUGUAUGCUGAUAAAGGACAAAAUGUCUUAAAUAACAGCAGUGGCGUGUGGUAGUUUUCUUCUUUUAGUUUUUUCUUUUUCGUUUGUUUCUUUUUUUUUUGUUGUUGUUGUUCAAUCCGCUCACUGUUCGUAACGUUGGCUUCUUUGAUGGCCUGACACCGCCCUCACGCUUGAGAUGUAUUUGAUUUUUUUAUAUUUUCAGUUUUGUAAUUCAUGAUGUUACAAUGCACUGACGAACCUUAUCUUGCAGAACACAGAGUUCACUAAUGAAAUGUUCCGGUUGCCUAACACUUGUGUGCUUUUAUUCCUCUAACACUUUUGAUGUUACUUGUUUUAAUAAAAAAAAAAAGAUAUAAAGACAAAUUUAUAUUAUUCUGUGUCCUUUUUAUAGCCAACUCGAGCAGUUCAGUCAAACAGUGGAAUCAAAGUCCAUGAUUUUAUGGACUGCUGUUUACCGUUUUGGAUUUAGCUCACAUUGUUGUUUCUGGCUUGUAAACAGAACACUGCUACAAAGUUUAGUGUCUCAGAGGUCUUUAUGCCAUUUUCGCUGAUGUUCACAGUUCCACCUCAUCUUUCAUCAUCUAUAAUACUGUAAGAUAUGAAAUAAAGUCCACUCCACAAUCACA